AUGACAUUUUUCAACCUCAUGGAACUGGAGAAUCAGACUCAGGUCACAGAGUUCAUUUUCCUGGGGUUCUCCAGUCUUCCCCAUGGCCAGGCCUUCCUCUUCCCGGUGUUCCUGAUGAUCUACAUCACCACCAUAGUGGGGAACUCAAUGAUAUUCACCCUCAUCCAACUGGAUUCCCAUCUUCACAGCCCAAUGUACUUCUUUCUUAGCCACUUAUCCUGCUUGGAUAUCUGCUUCUCGUCAGUCACAGUCCCCAAGAUCCUGGUGAACUUCCUGCAUGAGAGGGAGACCAUCUCCUACAGCGAGUGUAUGGCCCAGAUGUUCUUACUGAUGUCAUGCGCGGGAGCCGAGUGUGCACUCCUGACCAUCAUGGCCUACGACCGAUACGCCGCCAUCUGCAAUCCCUUGCGCUACACUGACAUCAUGAGCCGGAGGGUAUGCUUCCCACUUGCCGUGGGGUCCUGGCUCUGGGGUCUCCUGGACUCAGCCAUACACACCUUCUUGGCCUCCAAGUUAUCCUUCUGUGGAGCCAACCAGCUUCACCACAUCUUUUGUGACGUCCCUCCCCUGCUGAAGAUCGCCUGCAGUGACACCUACACCAAUGAAAUGGUGCUUCAUGCUGCCAGUGUGUUUGUGGGCCUGAGCCCAUUUCUGCUCAUUGUCAUCUCGUACCUCUACAUCCUGGCAGCCAUCCUCAGGAUCCGCUCCAACAGUGGAAGGCGCAAGGCCUUCUCCACCUGUGCUGCCCACCUGAGUGUGGUCACCAUAUACUUUGGGAUGGCCAAUCUCAACUAUAAUCGCCCUGGCACAGGCUACUCCACGGGGGUGGACACCCUGGUUUCCACGCUGUACUGCAUCGUCACCCCCAUGCUGAAUCCCCUCAUCUAUAGCCUCCGCAACCAGGAAGUGAAGAGGGCCAUGAGGAAGGCUCUAGGGAGCCAGACAAGGGAAUAUACUUCACCAUGCAGGCAGUGA